CGGUACUUGGAUUGUCCCAUAACAAUCCUCCCCUCAAGACAAGGACCACGAACAUCGUGUCCUCACCUCAGCGAUUAUCUUGAUCCGCCAGACACCUUGUAUCGAUGGGCUUCUCGGUACAAGGAUUUUCCCAGACGCGGAACUCUCUUUGAUCCGCCAAACAAACGUGGAUCUCUCCUAGAUCCGCCAAACAGACGUUGAUCGCAAAUCCCGAGGCCACCAAACGAGGGUCCCCACCAAACUGACGUCCACCGCCCCAGAUCCGCCGAACCAGGCUCUGAUACCACUUGUCAUAACCGGGGUGCUCCAUUAGUACGAUAUUGUCCGCUUUGGGCCAAGCCCGCACGGUUUUACUCUUGGGUUUCCUCACCAAAAGGCCUCGUAUUAAUGAGCUUGGUGGACACUUAUAUACGAGGAUUCAUUUCCUUGUACAACCGAUGUGGUACUUGGAUUGUCCCAUAACAGCUCUGCUCGUCGUACCUAAGGACAUCUGAAUUAGCACCACUACUUGUGCUUAUGCUUUGGGACAGAAAUGGUGGUGGAGGGUUAAAUCAGAGUGAGAAUUUUCCCACGUCUAUUUUAUAUCUUCCAGAAAAUGAUGUCCAAUACUCCACAAUCAUAGUUUGUGUAUAUGAAACAACUUUUAGACACAUUCAACUUCGAUAUAUCACACAAUCGACAUGCUGACUUGCCAUAUAUAUACAAAUAAUUAUUGUAUAUAAUUGUUAGUGUUGAUAUUUGGAAAUUAUCAUUAUUAAUCAAUGUAGGCAAUUAAGAAUAUUCGUUAGGUGAUGCAUGGGUAUGACUCCGAUAUAAACUUAUUUAGUACUCCAUCUUUUUAAUAAGGUGUAUAUAUAUUUGACCGGCGGUUCAAUUUCGAUCUUUAAUUAUGUGGCUUUGUUGCUUGAACUUUGCUCUCUUUUAAAAAAAAAAAAAUUAUUUGUAAAUUAGCUAAAAUCGUGUUAGUGUGUGGUAUAAGAUCCAUUAUCGAGCCUCUUCCAACAACUCGAGUUAUUGAAAUCAAUUGAUUCUCAUUCUGGAUACGGUAUCAGAUCAUUUUGUGACCGAGAUAUCUUCUCUUUGAAUUUUGGAGACCCACAUCUGUAAAAGCACAUGAUAUUAUCGUAUCCAGCUGGACCUUUGCAAACGAAAGUACUUUUUCACUCGCUUCCAUUAUCGAACGUCUUCUAACAACGCGUUCGAGUUAUUAUAGGAUAGGAUCAACUUGUUCUUGCCAAUUCUAUUGUGUAUAACAUACCCAAUUGACCAGCAACAAUCAUAUUUUAUCUGGCAUCUGAUACGUACUGAAACAAAAGAACCAUUGAUGAGAAGAAAAGAAAUGGUGUAAACCAACAAUCUAGCAUUGCGUACGUACGUUGGACGAUGGAAUCGAUAACCAAGAAGAAUGACUUGCUUGCUUGCUUGCUUGCAGUAUCCAAUAUCACUCUAUCUAUAUAAAACGGCGACGUGAUCACUGUCUAUUUCACAUCGAACACUGCUCAUUCCCCUAGCUAGCUACCAAAGCAAACAACAAAAUGAAGAUCAACGGAGCUUCUGUAGCGACGGUGGCCGUGGUCACCUUGCUGAGCUUCUUGGCCGGCACCUCAGACGCCCAAGGAUACGACUUCUUCCACCUUGUCAUGCAGUGGCCGCCGGCCGUCUGCAACCAGCCUCGUUCCAACUGCAGGGCGGGGAUUCCUCGGACCUUCACCAUCCACGGGAUGUGGCCGAUGACCAACAGAGGCGGCAGCCCUCAGAAUUGUCCCGGUAGAGUCCGCGACGUCCGAUCAAGCGGACGAGUAGACAGAGGCACGCUGGGUGCAAUGGACAGGCAGUGGCCGAACCUGAAGCGCGGUGGGAGGGACCCCAACAGCCAGUUCUGGACCCACGAGUGGAACACCCACGGCACGUGCUCCAGGAUGACGCUGCAGAACUACUUCCGGCGGGCCGUCGACCGCGCGGCGAGCGUCGACCUGCUCCGGCUGCUCCGCAGCAACCGCAUCCAGCCCGACAACCGGUCGUACCGGCGGGGCGACAUCGGCGCCGCACUGCACCGCUACAACCCGGUCGUGAAGUGCAACGACGUCCGGAGCGGCGGCCGCACCUACAAGCAGAUCCACGAGAUCCGGGUCUGCGUGUCCAGGAGCGGCAACAGCGUCGUCUCCUGCGGCGGCGGCGGGCCAGCGUUCAGGAGCUGCGGCAACGGAGACAUCAGGUUCUCCCGUUGAAGAAGCUGCUACGUACCUGCUGUCUGUUCGUUUCCAUGCAUGCAUGUGUGUACGUGUGUUUGUGUGUUUCGGUUUGUUUGUUGUGUGUUUCUGUUUGUCCCGUUAUUGUUUUCGCUUUCUCUUUUCAAAAGGACACUAUGAAUGAAUGAAUAAAACUAGCUUUGGCCCGUCUAUAUGUGAUGGUGAAAUUAUGGUUUAAUCGCGCGAUUUAAUAUAACCGUAAAUUCUAUACCUCUAAAAAUCAUUUACCGGCUUAGCUUUUGAUAGGAGAUUUUUUUUUUGGGUCGAGCGGCCAACUCAGUACGGUUUCACUGCAUGAUGAAACUAUACCAUACCAGUUUUUAGACUACCUGAAGCAAAAUCGGUAUACUUUAUUUUGCGUUAUAAAUCAGUUGAACCACG